AUGGAAGCCAACCAGUUUGACAAAAGUGAUUUGCAGUUUUGUCAUUUGGUGUUAAAUAUUCUCAAAAGGAGUGAAAAAAUAUUAAUUAUUGAGCGAGAUAUACAUAAAUUUUAAGCAGUCUAGUUGGAAAAAAACGUCAAAACUAAAUAAAUUUGUGAAAAACCGUUAAGCAACCAACAACUACAAUGACGCUAACGUCCGCCGCUGGUAUCAUCUCGCUAUUGGAUGAGCCAAUGCCUGAUUUGAAGGUAUUUGCUCUGAAGAAGCUUGAUAACAUCGUAGACGAGUUUUGGCCCGAGAUUUCGGAAUCAAUUGAAAAAAUUGAAAUGCUCCAUGAGGAUCGUUCGUUCCCGGAAAACAAAUUGGCUGGAAUGGUAGCUUCUAAGGUAUUCUAUCAUUUGGGAUCCUUUGAAGAUGCCUUAACCUACGCAUUAGGCGCUGGAGAUUUGUUCGACGUUAAUGCUCGCAAUGAAUACACUGAAACUAUAAUUGCCAAAUGUAUCGAUUUUUACAUUGCACAACGUAUAGCCUUCAUUGAGAAUCCCAAAGACGCUAAAGCGGUUGACACACGUCUAGAAGCCAUUGUCAACCGCAUGAUCCAACGUUGCUUGGAUGACGGUCAAUAUCGUCAAGCAUUGGGAAUUGCAUUGGAAACCCGUCGCAUGGAUAUUUUUGAACAAUCUAUUAUGAAGUCUGAUGAUGUUGCUGGCAUGUUAGCUUACGCUUACAAUGUCACCAUGUCAUUAAUUCAGAACCGUGGAUUCCGCAAUGAAGUGCUGCGUUGCUUGGUAGGAUUGUAUCGUGAUUUGGGUGUACCAGACUACGUGAAUAUGUGUCAGUGCCUGAUAUUUUUGGAAGAUCCUCUGGCUGUAGCUGAAGUACUAGACAAACUAACACGUUCCUCUGUGGAAGGAAAUAAUUUAAUGGCAUAUCAAAUUGCCUUCGAUUUAUACGAAUCAGCCACACAAGAAUUUUUGGGAAAAGUGCUCCAAGCACUUAAAGAAACAGCACCUAUCCCAACGGCCCUGCCGUCCACUUUUAAGCCACAGGGUACAAACCCUAGCAGCAGUGAUGAUGCAAAAGCAUCCAGCGAAGAUAAACCUAAAUCGGAGGAUUCCGCUGGAGAUGCAGAAGGUGACGCAAAAAUUGAGCGAACAAUUGAUUCUUUGAAUGACUCAGAAAAGGCUCAUCAGAAAAAUAUUGAGAAACUUAUUUCGAUUUUAUCGGGUGAAGUAACCAUUGAUCUGCAGUUGCAGUUCUUGAUUCGCAGCAAUCACGCCGAUUUGCAAAUUCUCCGUGGUACAAAGGAAGCUGUACGUGUGUCGAUUUGUCACACCGCCACCGUCAUCGCUAAUGCAUUCAUGCAUGCUGGCACCACAUCAGAUCAAUUUCUUCGUGACAACUUGGAUUGGUUGGCAAGAGCAACCAAUUGGGCGAAAUUGACCGCCACAGCCUCUUUGGGAGUCAUCCAUCGUGGACACGAAAAGGAUUCUUUGGGUCUCAUGCAAAGUUACUUGCCAAAAGAGACUGGCCCUAGCUCCGGUUACUCAGAGGGUGGUGGUCUUUAUGCUUUAGGUCUGAUCCACGCCAAUCAUGGUGCAAAUAUCAUCGACUACCUUUUACAACAACUAAAAGAUGCUCAGAAUGAAAAUGUACGUCACGGUGGCUGCUUGGGAUUGGGUCUGGCAGCCAUGGGCACCCAUCGUCAGGAUCUGUAUGAACAGCUGAAAUUUAAUUUGUACCAAGAUGACGCAGUAACUGGCGAGGCAGCAGGUAUUGCCAUGGGUAUGGUAAUGUUGGGUUCUAAAAACGCCCAAGCUAUCGAGGAUAUGGUUUCGUAUGCCCAAGAAACGCAGCACGAGAAGAUCCUCCGUGGGUUGGCAGUUGGUAUCUCUCUAACAAUGUUCGCUCGCUUAGAAGAGGCCGAUCCUUUGGUUACCAGUUUGUCGACUGACAAAGAUCCUGUUUUGCGCCGUUCGGGAAUGUAUACCAUUGCCAUGGCAUAUAAUGGUACCGGUAGCAACAAAGCCAUCCGUCGUCUAUUGCAUGUCGCAGUUUCUGAUGUGAAUGAUGAUGUCCGGCGUGCUGCCGUAACUGCAAUUGGUUUCAUUCUAUUCCGCACCCCAGAACAAUGUCCAUCCGUGGUAAGUUUACUCGCUGAAUCAUACAACCCACAUGUGCGCUAUGGUGCUGCCAUGGCUUUGGGUAUUGCUUGCGCUGGCACCGGAUUACGUGAGGCAAUCGCCCUUUUGGAACCCAUGGUUAAAUUCGAUCCUGUAAACUUUGUGCGUCAAGGCGCGCUUAUUGCUUCUGCUAUGAUUCUAAUACAACACACCGACCAGACUUGUCCCAAGAAUAGUUUCUUCCGUCAACUUUAUGCCGAGGUGAUCAGCAAUAAACAUGAGGAUGUUAUGGCCAAAUUCGGUGCCAUUUUGGCACAAGGCAUCAUUGAUGGAGGUGGUCGCAAUGCUACGCUGUCUCUGCAAUCACGUACUGGACAUACCAAUUUGCAAGCUGUUGUUGGUAUGCUCGUUUUCACCCAGUACUGGUACUGGUUCCCGUUAGCCCAUUCUUUGUCGUUGGCAUUUACCCCUACAUGCGUGAUUGGGUUGAAUUCUGAUCUGAAGAUGCCCAAAAUGGAAUUCAAAUCCGCUGCAAAACCAUCUCUGUAUGCCUAUCCGGCACCAUUGGAAGAAAAGAAAUCGGAAGAGCGCGAAAAGGUCGCCACAGCUGUGCUCUCGAUAGCUGCACGUCAAAGACGUCGUGAAAUUGCUGAUAAAGCUGAAAAGAAGGAGGAGGAUAACAAAAUGGAAAUCGACGAGGACAGCAAAGAUUCCAAGAAGGAGGAUAAGAAAAUGGAUGUUGAUGAGAAGGUAGAGAAAAAAGAUGACAAGAAGAAGAAAGAGGAAAAGGAAAAGAAGAAGGAGGAUGAAAAGGAUAAGGAUGGUGGCGAUAAGAAGAAAGAUGAAAAAGAAAAGAAGGAAAAGAAAGAACCUGAACCGAACUUUGAAAUACUGCAGAAUCCGGCUCGUGUUGUUCGUCAGCAGCUUAAAGUUGUAAGCGUUGCCGAGUCACAAGCCUACAUACCCCUCAAAGAUGUUACCAUUGGUGGUAUUAUUGUUCUACAACACACCGGCAAAGCGGCGGAACAAGAACUGGUUGAACCAGUAGCUGCCUACGGACCGAAGAAUGACGAUGCCAAGGAACCAGAGCCACCAGAGCCUUUCGAAUACAUAGAAGACUAAAUGGGAAUGCUCUUUAUCAUUUUGUAAUUUUACUGUAAUGUUUAAAAAUCAUACAUACAUGUAUAAAGAAAUAUUUUCUGCGUUUCACAUUUAAAGCAUAAUAAAAUUUAUAUAUAUGUAACCAAA